CCAGAAAACCCAUGUGCAACAAAUCAAUCCUAUAAUCUGGAGGCAAGUCCGAGUCGAUGGCAUCGAACUGAGUGGCCGGUGAGAGAAAAUUCUGUCCCAAAGGGGAACUUCCUUGUUCCCGGCCGUCCACACCACAGUGCUAGUGCUGAGACUCCCUCCACGCUGUGGGUGCUGGAAAUGCUUAUCGCAGGAGUUACUGCAGGAAAGUUGUAACCUAGCUCUCACCAGAAUCGUCCCACAAUGGACACAUGUACAGCUUUGCACAAGUACACCGGCAUCGAAGACGAACCACCAGUCGACGCCGGAGCCCCCUUUGACAGGGGGGAUAUCAUAUUACGCAGUGCGGACAAUGUUGAUUUCCACUUUCACAAGUUAUUGCUGUCCCUAGCAUCAUCUUUCUUUUCAAAUAUGUUCUCUUUACCUCAGCCAGGCUCUUUCGAUGAUGCUGCGGACCGGACAAAACACGGUCUCCCCAUUAUACCAGUGACGGAGAAGAGCGUCGUUUUGCGGAAGCUAUUGAGCUUUUGUUCUCCCGUCUACGACACGGACGUGCCUGUUCUCGAGAACUUAGACAUUGUCAUGUCCGUCCUCGAUGCCGCCGAUAAAUACGACAUGAAACGAGUCGGUAUAUUCAUCGUUAGAAUGAUAGCGGCUCCUAGGUUUCUGGAGAAAGAGCCUAUGCGAGUCUUUGCUAUUGCAUGUCGCUACCGCUCGGAGGCAGAGACUCUCGAGGCGGCUAGAUAUAUGCUGCGUUUUGCAGUGUGGGAGCCUGCAUAUGUCUCUGAAUUGGACUUCAUCUCUGGUUCAGACUUCCAGCGGUUGGUCAAAUACCACGCAAGUUGCGGUCAAGCUAUGACCCAGCUUGCCCGUCUUUGGUCUACGUAUCCCCUACCAUCGCUCGACUGCAAGUUCUGUCGCAAGAAGGGAGUUUCUCGCCUGUCCCUCAAAGAAUACCAAGAUAGCGUCGUAGAAGCACUCCGAAUUCGACCAUCUGUGGAAAGCCUCCUUAAUCCCGAGUGGAUUGACAGUAUGGUGAAGAGGGCUGGAAGUUGUUUUGGAUGUAGGAGAGAGAGCACCGAGGAUGUUUGCUGAAUAUGCAAAGGAGCUUGUCUUUCCGGUAAUGGCGAUUAUCCUGGAGAUUCGCCUGGACAUCGAUUUUCGCCGAUGAUAUCUAUCUCACCGUGUACUAGAGUCAGGUCACAAGUAGUCCUAUGCUUGUCGCAUCUUCCUAGGGCAG